AUGGCUGGACGUGAUGCUCUCGAAGGUGAAGCUGGAGGAUUCUCUGACAGGCUUGUAAUUUUGGGCAUUGACAUGGAAGCACGCGAAGCAGGUGAACCACAAAAGCCAUUUGAGCGUGUCACUGUAUUGUGGCGACGUACUCUCACCAUUUUCUCUCCUCGUCAUUGCCACCAACCUCCUGACGACAUAUUUUCUUCUGCUUCAACAAUGGCUUCCUCUGUUCACCGAACCACCUUCCUUCCCCUUUUUCAGUCACAUGAGUAUAACAAAUCCUGCUUUCCAAAUCUCAGAACCCAAAUCCCUGGCUCCACCUUUCAAAGGAUGAAGAGAACGAUACGAGCUCAACAAGUGGAUAAUGCUUGUGAGGGUGAGGAAGUGAAGAAACCCCAAGAAAGCAGACAGGACGGUGAUGGUCCAAAGCUUAAGAGAGAGAGACGUCUGAACUUCUCAGGAGAGAAGCCAUUCACUCCCAUCCUGGACACCAUCAACCACCCAAUUCACUUGAAGAAUCUGUCCAUUGAGGAACUGCAAGAACUUGCGAAUGAACUGAGAGAAGAGAUAGUGUACAUAGUGUCAAAGACAGGAGGGCAUUUAAGUGCGAGCCUCGGGGUGGCAGAGAUAACCGUAGCACUUCACCACGUCUUCAACAGUCCAGCGGACAAGAUCAUCUGGGACGUUGGUCAUCAGUGCUAUGGGCAUAAGAUAUUGACAGGAAGAAGAGCGAGAAUGCAUACGAUCAGACAGACUAAUGGACUUGCUGGGUUCCCAAAGAGGGACGAGAGUGUUCAUGACGCUUUCGGAGUAGGUCAUAGCUCUACUAGCAUUUCUGCUGGUUUAGGGAUGGCAGUGGGGAGGGACUUGAUGGGGAAGAAAAACCACGUGAUUGCUGUGAUAGGAGAUGGAGCCCUUACAGCAGGACAAGCCUACGAGGCCAUGAACAAUGCUGGUUUCUUAAACACCAACCUUAUUAUCAUCUUAAAUGACAACGAACAGGUCUCUCUUCCCACAGCCACCGUUGAUGGUCCGGCUCAACCUGUUGGAGCCCUAAGCAGAGCCCUGACCAAGCUUCAAAACAAUACAAAGUUUCUUCAGUUACGUGAGGCGGCUAAGGGGAUCACGAAGCAAAUUGGAGGCCAGACGCAUGAGGCUGCUGCAAAGUUGGAUACCUUUGUGAGAGGGAUCGUAGGUUGCUCUGGUGUGAAUUUGUUUGAAGAGCUUGGGCUGUACUAUAUUGGGCCAAUUGAUGGCCAUAACGUGGAAGACCUCGUACUUAUUCUUAAAAAGCUCAAGGACGACUCGCCACUUAUGGGGCCUGUCCUCGUUCACACCAUCACCGAGAAAGGAAAGGGCUAUCGCCCAGCUGAACUUGCUCCUGACAAAAUGCACGGGGUUGUCAAGUUUGAUCCUAGGUCAGGGAAGCAGCAGAAGAACAAAACAACCACGCUUUCCUACACCCAGUACUUUGCAGAGUCAUUGAUAGCAGAAGCUGAGCUUGAUGACAGAAUCGUGGCCAUCCACGCUGCCAUGGGAGGAGGCACCGGACUUAACCUCUUCCAAAAGCACUUCCCCGAUAGGUGUUUCGACGUUGGAAUCGCAGAGCAACAUGCUGUUACCUUCGCUGCUGGGCUUGCUACUGAAGGCUUUAAGCCCUUUUGUGCAAUCUACUCUACGUUCCUACAAAGAGGCUACGAUCAGGUAGCUCAUGAUGUCGACCUUCAAAGACUACCAGUGAGAUUUGCCAUGGAUAGAGCUGGCCUCGUCGGAGCUGAUGGUCCGACACAUUGUGGGGCUUUUGACACUACGUUUAUGGCAUGUCUUCCAAACAUGGUGGUUAUGGCGCCAUCGAAUGAAACCGAGCUAAUGCAUAUGGUUGCUACGGCUGUAGCUAUAGAUGACAGGCCGAGUUGCUUUCGCUAUCCUCGAGGAAAUGGAAUUGGUACGCCUCUCCCACCAAAUAACAAAGGGACAGCGUUGGAGGUUGGAAAGGGAAGAGUUUUGAAGGAAGGGUGCAGGGUGGCCCUUUUAGGCUAUGGAUCAGUGGUCCAAAACUGCGUUAGAGCUUCAAGAAUCCUUGAAGCUUUGGGUGUAUCAACGACAGUGGCUGACGCGCGAUUCUGUAAGCCUUUGGAUCGAGGCUUGAUCAGGGAACUCGCUAGAAACCACGAAAUUCUCAUCACUGUUGAAGAGGGAUCUAUUGGAGGAUUUGGUUCUCAUGUUUCCCAUUUCCUAAGCUUAUAUGGACUGCUUGAUGGAAAUCUCAAGUGGAGGGCGAUGACACUGCCUGAUAGAUACAUUGACCAUGGUUCUCAGAUUGAUCAGAUUGAAGUUGCAGGAUUGACUUCAAAGCAUAUUGCAGCUACUGCUUUAUCUUUGACCAAUGUGAAUUGGGAUCAUCGUCUUCUUCUCAGCCUGCAGUUUUGA